UAGGUGAUGCAUUUUGUCAGGAAAAAAUGGAACAUGGAGAAACUGCUCAUCGAGUACCUCCCCUUAACUGCUACCACCUCUUCAACAUGACCUAUACAGUUUUUAUCCAAAAUAACAACAAUUUUCACACGUUUGCACAACCAGUAGCACUCAUAUUCUCUUCCUUUACAUAUAGUGACCCUUUGCUUACUUUCUCACUCAAAUCUAGAACAAAAAUUCAGAAGAACAUGAGAACUAAUUUACAUCUCUUGCUUUUGCUAUCUUUGGCCUUUUAUCUAUCUUUUUCAAAUGGAACUCAACUGCUUAUAGUGAACAAUUGCAAAGAAAGCAUAUGGCCUGGAAUUCUUGGGACAGCAGGGCAUGAGACACCUAACAAUGGUGGGUUCCAUCUCAAAAUUGGCCAACAAGUAGUAAUUGAACUGCCUAAUCUAUGGUCAGGUAGAAUAUGGGGCAGACAAGGUUGUUGUUUCGACGAAAAUGGCAAAGGUUCUUGCCAGACAGGGGAUUGCUCCGGCCUUCUGCAUUGUUCAGGGGCCGGAGGAAUCCCCCCUGCUACGCUCGUGGAAAUGACAUUAGGAACCUCAAACAAUCCACAACAUUACUAUGAUGUCAGUUUAGUUGAUGGAUUUAAUAUCCCCGUUGCUAUGAUCCCGAUUGGCGGUAGUGCUGGUUGUGGAGUAGCUGCCUGUGAAGCUGAUUUGAAUGAAUGUUGCCCUGCAUAUUUGGCAAUUAAGUGCAAAGGCAAAGUUGUCGGGUGUAAGAGUGCUUGUCUUGCUACUAAUGAUCCCAUAUACUGCUGCACUGGGGAAUUUGCUAGUAAGAACACUUGCAAACCAACCGCGUUUUCGCGGUUGUUUAAGACUAUUUGCCCUAGGUCUUAUAGCUAUGCCUUUGAUGAAUCUACUGGACUUAAGAGUUGUAAGGCGCCGCGGUAUCUCAUUACCUUUUGCCCUCCCACUUAAUGGUACGAACAUUUCUACUGUUGCGAUAAGACAAUGAACCUUGGGCGUAACAUGUAUGUUCAAGUGUUAAUUCAAUGUUGCAACUUUUUUUUUCCAUUUUUCUUAGUACAAGUCUGUGUAUUGAUCUUCUAUUUAUGAACAAACUAUUCUAUCAACAUUUACUCUGCUGGUUAAUAAUA